CUAGCAUAGAACUCCAACUCAUUUGCUAGACAGACCUGUGCUGCACUUGCACCCACUCGUCUGGCUGUCCUUCACCCAAGCAGCCGACUUUUUUCUUUCUCUUUCCCUGAAAAUAAAGGUUAUCACCACCACGACUACACUUCAGAGAGGUGUCUCUGAACCAUAACUGCGCACAAUGAAUCUCGAGCCGCCCAAAACCGAGAUCAAGUCGGCCACCCGUGUCACCGGGGGCCCCGCCACUCCACGCAAGGGGCCCCCCAAGUUCAAGCAGAGGCAGACCCGUCAGUUCAAGAGCAAGCCUCCAAAGAAGGGAAUCCAGGGCUUUGGUGACGAUAUCCCUGGAAUGGAGGGCUUAGGCACAGACAUCACUGUCAUUUGCCCCUGGGAGGCCUUCAAUCACCUGGAGCUGCAUGAGCUGGCCCAGUACGGCAUCAUCUGAGCCUUCGUGCACCUCCCUGCAAUCCCCUGAGGAUUACAGGCCACAUCCAUGCACUUCAAGCCAUCUGCCUCAGGCUCCGUCUCCUCUCUUUACAUGGAACUAUUCCAAACAACAAACUACCACAAUGAACUGUAACAAACACAAAAAAUGGAAAAAGAGAAAAAAAAAUCCAAAAAAAAAAAAAAACAACUUUCUGUCUUCUUACACUGGAUUAUUCUUCUGAUUCUGCAGUUCUCACACAGCAUCUACUCAUGUUUAGGAUCUGUUGUUUUGAUUCUCAUGAUGUCACUAGAUCUGCACUGUCACUCUAAAAUCCUUCCCAGCAUCCUCUUCUCUUCUCUCGCUAUCCUCCUUUUCUUCUCCUUUCCUAUUCUUUUCUAUUCUUCUCACGGACAAAACAUGAAACUUACGCAAGCAAGGCAGCCUCAAAUUGAGUUUAAGUGACAGACCCGUGAAGUUUCGGGGGUGGGCUCCCGCUUCACGUGCCUCGGCGCCUCUUUCUCCACCUCAGAGGCUUCAUCCAUCAACGCCGAACAUUUAACAUACAAAAAAAAAAAACAACCUUGUAUUCUGUAGAGACCAGACACCAGCUUGCCAUUGCUGAGCGUAACUUUUCAGUGGGAUAAUGUUAAUCAUCCAUCAUCAGAUUUCCCUCUUCUCCCUCUGUUUUGAUGAUUUCCACCAGGAUACAUUAAUGUUCUUCACCUUUUCGUUCAUUUAUUUUCCUCUAUAAUUUCUACCAUCAUAACAUGUGAAAGUCUGCUAGUGUUUGAUACAUGUGAGUCAGUACUUUCAGGGAAAAAAGGCUAGAAAAACAUGACCUCUGGAAGGGCAGUAGUGUGUGUUGCUCUUCAUUUGAUCACACUAACAACCCAUCUUAGCCCAUAUCUUCCAUGGGUUUACUUGUGUUAACAUUAGUGUCAUAUCUCCUCUAUUUGUAUAUCUCCCUUGUAUAAUAUCAAUGUAUAUGAAAAUAUGUUUAUUACAUGUUUAUUUCUCAUUCUCAUACAUGA